AUGGGCCUCGCAUAUAACACUUACCUCAACAGCAAUAAGGUCUACGGCUGCAAGACGUGCAAGGCGCAUCUGUCGAACCAUGAGGAUAUCAUCAGCCGGAACUUCCGAGGCCAGCAUGGUAAGGCCUACCUGUUUAACAGCGUCGUCAACAUCGAGACGGGUGAACCCAGCGAGCGAAACAUGACCACGGGGCGGCAUAUUGUGCGGGACAUCACCUGCAAGCAGUGCAAAGAGACCGUUGGCUGGAAGUACGACAAAGCCUAUGAGGCUACGGAGAAAUACAAGGAGGGCAAGUUCAUACUCGAGGCCGAGCUUCUCUGCAACGUCACGUAG